UUCAUGACUAACUCUCAUCUAGCAACUGAAGCAAAAAAAAUAUGGAAGAAAUUCAACGAUUCAGUUGUAGAUUUUUUUAAGCUUCACGAGAGUUCUGAACCUUACCCUGAAGAACCAGAAACGCCUAGAAAAUUGAUAUCUAACCUUGAAGGAGAUGACGGUAGUAAUUGGCAUGUAGAUGCUCACCUGUCUCAAUACACCUCUGGCCUUUCAUCCAGACGGAAAAGAACAAUUCAUGAAUUAGUUUAUCAGAUGCCAAAUGGACCGUGUUAUGUAUGUGAACACUGUUCACAUCUAUGUAACGCUUCUAAGAAAAUAAAAGAUGAUGAUAAAGAUGCACACGCAGCAGUUGAACAAAUAGCCGAUAUGAAUAAUCCAAUAUCACUUGAAGCAACUGAUUCACUCGGCUCUAGUUCGGAGGCUUCCUCAACCUCCUACAUUAGCCGCGUGCUCGAAAGGUCCAGACACAAACAUAAAUCUCUUCAUCAAACAACCAAAAAAUCUAGUGCUAGGAAAAAAUCACAAACACAUGUUAAGCCGGUUACCCCGACGAAAGACUUUCUAGACGACUCGAAUACUAUUGAUCCCCACGAUACACCUGCGAUAUCUAAAUCUCCUUCAGAUGCACAUACUGUGUCCUAUCCAGAUGUCGUGAAGCAUCUAGACGACAGCUUGUCCUCUUCUGACAAAGAUUUUUAUUCAAAAACUCCGCCUGCUGAUAAAGAUGAUUCAUUCGGUCAAGAUCAAUUUCAGCUUUCAAUCGAAUGGCCAGCUCGGCCCAUUCUCGAGGAUGAAGGCUUCAACACUUUUCAGUGGGUUCGUCUCAAUGGCGAAAAAUUUUCUAUUGGUGACAGUGCCUAUAUAGUUUCUGGCACAGAAGAACCCUAUAUCUCUGAAAUAUUAGAGCUAAAUCUCACCUCGGACAACAAGGCUACAUGCAAGGUCGUUCAAUGGCAAAAGGUGGCUGAUCUAACGCAUUUAUCGGGCCAUCCUCAGGAAAUCUUAAGGUCCGAAUUUGUUCGCGAGCACCCCAUCUCUGCCAUCGAUGUAUCCAAAAAGCCUGUUGUCAAGUUCACUUCUAAUCCCUCUGAAAUUGAAAACCUGCCUGACCAUUUUUUUUGCUAUCGCUCUUAUGACCAUAAAAAACAGACUAUACAAAAUCUCACAAUACCCCCAGAUACACAAUAAUGUAAUACAUAAAAAGUAAAUUAGGGCAGGUU